UCGCCACGUUCUUCACUUUCCCUCUCCAACCGAGCCCGAUUCUCAGAAUGGGAAAUUCACGCAUCCAUGGCUUCCUUCUGCUCUGCGCAAUCUCCGCCUCCUAUCUGCCGCUCUCUUCAUCCACCGCCGUCGAUUUCACCGGAGACCGUCAAUUUCUUCUCCUUCCGCCGGAAUCCGCCUGCCGAGGACCGAUCGCUGAGUGCGUGCUCGGCGGCGACGCGUUCCAGUUCGCGACGGUCGGCCACCGGAUUCUGGCAACGGCGACGCGCUACAUCAGCUACGGCGCGUUGCGGAGGAACACCGUGCCGUGCUCCCGCCGCGGCGCGUCGUAUUACAAUUGCCGGCCGGGAGCUCCGGCGAAUCCCUACUCCCGCGGCUGCAGCGCCAUUACUCGAUGUAGGCGAUGAUUUUUUUACUUUUUCGGAUAAAUUAUUUGCGAUAUUAUAUACUUUCGAAGAGAUUUAAGUUUGAACAAACAUGAUGUUAAAUAAAAUCUUUGUUUAAUUUUUCAUAUCA